AAUUCAAGAUGGCAGCGACUUGGUAACAUCACAUGUUUUCUAUGUGCAAAUGCGGCUUUAUUUACAAUUAUUUGUAGUUAGUAAUUAUGACAAUGUUCUCCCGAUUUUGUAAUUUGUGUCACAAAACCGCGAAUGCCCAGUUUGUACAAUUCCAAAGAUGUUAUAAAAAAGGUAUCAAAAGGAAGGGUAAUGUCAGUCGCAUUGAGAGACCAAAUGAUACAGAAGGGAAAACACCAAUAGUUGUUUGCAAACGGAAGGAGUUUAACUUUUACGAAGGACAAAAAUAUUCUAAAUUGGAAACUAUACCACUGGCUAGUAAAGGAUGGCAGCAUUAUAAAUCUAAAGGAGAUUUUUUCUUCGUAUAUCCUCUUACAAAUGUGGAAGAAGAGGCGUAUAAUAAUGAAGAAGAAGAAGAAGUAUGCGAUACCUUUGCACAAUUUGGUUUAAAUCCACAAAUAAUAAAUAUCUUAGAAAAAUACAGUAUAUCAAAGCCUUUGAAGAUACAAACAAUUGGAAUACCUCAGAUAAUGAAUGGUGCUAAUACUAUCAUAGCAGCUGAGACUGGUUGUGGAAAAACAUUAACUUAUCUUCUACCCAUGAUAGAUAAAGUUUUAAGAUGGAAACAGUUAGCAGGGAACCAAUAUAACUCCCCAUUGGGAUUGAUUAUCACACCUACUCGAGAAUUGGCAUUUCAAAUUGGACUAGAAACAAAGAAAAUAUGUCAACAUCUUGGUAUUUAUGUAAAAACUAUUACUGGUGGAAAGACAAACAAGAUGUUGUUAGAUCCACCUGUAGAGAAAGUUGACAUUAUUAUAGCUAGUUUUGGAGUCAUCAGUAAGUUAACCACAAAUAAAAUUUAUAAAUUGGACAUGGUCAAAUCUAUUGUAUUAGAUGAAGCAGAUGCUUUAUUUCAUGAAACAUUUGAAGAAAAGCUACAAGUAUUCCUGAAAAAAAUACCGCUCGGCUUUAUGCAAAAUGUAGAUGAGGAUACCAAACUACCGAAAGGCGCCCAAUUCGCAUUAGUAUCUGCAACAAUGCCUUCAAGAAUGUCAGAAGUUCUAAAAAACAUCAUAGAUGUUGAAUCAUUGGUAAAUAUAACUUCGAAUAAGCUACAUCACAUUCUCGUACCACAAAAAUUUAUGAGAGUAGGAUCGGAUGACAAACCGACAGAACUUUUAAAAUAUAUCAAGCCGAAAAUGGCCAAUAGAGAGCAGGUAAUCAUAUUCAAUAACACCAAUAGCACUUGCAACUGGGUCAAUAUGUUCCUAAACGAAAGCAAAAUAGAAACGGUUCGCUUAAACGGUGACAUGCCAUUAUACGAGAGGCAAAACAAAUACGCCAGCUUUAAGGGCGGUAGAUGCUUCGUGUUGUGCACUACAAACGCGGGAUCCAGGGGAAUGGAUACAGUGGCGAUACGCCAUGUGUUGAAUUAUGAUUUCCCAAACGCAACCGCCGAUUACAUUCACAGAUGUGGUAGAACUGGAAGAGUCGGUGGCGUUAAGGACUGUAGAGUAACGAAUUUUAUAAGCACUCCGUCGGAAAUUAGUGUGGUACAAAAGAUAGAGAGAGCAGUUCGAAAGAUGAAACCAAUACCAAUAUUCGAUAUUCACGAAAAGAAGGAAGAUGGCAUUUUGGAUUUACUUGAGUAUAAGAAUAUUGAUGAAGAAAAUCAGCAACAAGAAUUUAGCAUACCGUACUGAUGCAACAUCAUUUCUCUCAAUGCGUCUUUGUCUUCUCAUCGUAUAUAUUCUUCAUUUUUUACUGACGGAGCUGUUGUGUAAUCAGUCGAGACGGCGCUCCCGAACACGCUUCUGUUAUGUUUUCAUGAUUUAAUACACGUCGUUAACACGCUCCUGAAAGAAUAUAUACUAAAGCCAGUCACACCUUUAGUAUACACCGUCAUUAAAGUUAGAUAUAGCGAACGGCGUGUAAGCCGUCUUUGUCAUCGCCGAGAAACGGUAUAAAGCCGGGGUAGUGCCGAUAGUGACGACCGCGAUGAUAAUGGAUUAAUUAGCGUGGGUAGCCGCAUGACAUGUAGGACAGGAGCGGGAUGGGGAUCAGGCGAUAUAACGUCCUCCAUGCGGGAGAUCUCGUCUCUGAUCUUAACCAGACGUGGUUCACGCCACACGCGCGGCUUCUGACAGGCGUCGUACACGGUACUUUGAUCCCCCAAU